CAUCUGCACCUUCAAUCAUUGGAAGCAAAUAAUUAGAAUAUUUAUAAAUAGAAUAAUGUCUAUAUGAAACAAAUUGAUUUAUUUUACUCAUUAUGCAGUGAAGUGUUUUGCAGAGCCUAACAAUAUAAUCAAAAUUGAGUAAAUCAAAAGACUUUAUAUGAAAAUAAAUAGUUAUAAAUUAUUUAAAUUUACCUACUGUGUAAUAACGAAGUUUUUAAAGGUAUGAUAAUUGAAAAUAAAAACGAAGGAUCAACAAACGAACAAAAAAUUUGUGGAACAAAUGCGAAAUUCUAUUUUAGAGAAUAUUGUCAAAAUACGUCUAUACACGGAUUCAAAUAUUUAUCUGAUAAUCAGAAACGGUUGCAUUGUGAAAGAAUAUGGUGGAUUUUCAGCAUUUUCAUUUCACUAUCCUUAUGUAUCACUCUUAUAAUGCAGAUCUAUUCAAAAUGGGAAAACUCGCCAGUAAUAGUCAGUUUUGCUACGAAAGAAACUCCAAUAUGGCAGAUACCAUUUCCGGUGGUAACUAUAUGUCCCGAAACUAAAUCUAUACCGAAAAAGUUUGAUUACAAGAAAUACUUGGAUUUGAAAGAAAAAAAUCUGGAAAUUAAUAGCGAAGAAGAAAACAAAUUUGGUCUACUGUCACUCUUAUGCCAAUACAAUGAAAGUAUGAAUAUAGAAACAAAUUUUACUGGUACAUCAGAAGAAAUACAACAAUUUUAUGAAGAGGUUCAACCUGAUUUCUUCAAAAUAAUAUCAGACUGUAAAUUUAUGGCUAAAAAUGUAAAUUGUUCAGAUAUUUUUGUGCCGGUAUUUACUGACGUUGGUAUAUGUUAUUCUUUUAAUUUGCUAGACAGAAACGACAUCUACAGAGAAAACGUAGUUCAGUACAAGAAUUUUCAAUCUGCUCCACGAACUAAUUGGAGUCUUGAAAACGGUUAUCCCAUUACUGAUGGUAAAAACACUUAUCCAAGACGAGCUCUAUUUUCAGGGGUAAUUUUUGCAUUAGAAGCCAAAUUGACAGUUUACGAAGAAGACUUAGAUUAUGUAUGUAGUUCGUCUAUACAAGGUUUUAUGAUGGACAUAUCACACCCUUCAAGAGUACCAAGACCAAAAUAUUACCACUCAAAAAUACCACUGGACCAAGUCGUUAUGGUAACCACUCUUCUCGAUAUGAUGUCGACAUCCAAUGCUGUCAAAAAUUACCAUCCUAGACGAAGAAAUUGCUACAUGCCAGACGAGAGACCUUUGACGUUUUUCAAAGUUUACACCCAACAAAAUUGCAAAUUGGAAUGUUUAACCAAUUUUACGAUGAAUAAAUGUGGAUGCACGACUAUUUUUAUGCCAAGAGAACGAGGAACAAGAAUUUGUAACGGAGUAGACUAUCAUUGUGUAUAUUUAGCAGAAAUGGAUAUGUUAAACGCCAGUAUGGAUGGACAUCUCUUGAAAUUGAAAGGAGGCUCAAAAAGAACAGAAUGUGAUUGUCUACCAAUUUGUUCUAAAAUGAACUAUAACAUUCAAAGUUCCCAAUUGGCAUGGAAAUGGAAGAAUAAAGUUGCAAAUUAUACUAAAGGGAAACACAUGGCGAUGUUUCAAAUUUUUUUCAAAGACAACCAAUUUAUAACAUCGGAAAGAAACGAACUUUUUGGACCUAUCGAUUUUGUAGCCAAUUUGGGAGGCUUGCUCGGACUAUUUAUUGGAUUCUCUCUUCUAUCAUUAGUAGAAAUAAUUUAUUAUCUCACUCUAAGACUCGUUGCUAAUUUAAAAUUGUUCGGUAAAAAAAAUUGGUCAGGACAUGCUGAGUAAGUAGAUG